AGAGAAAAGGUAUGGAGGUGGGAGAGGAUGAAGUGAGGAGCUAACUUCAAGAAAUCUCAUCCGGAAGUUCGUGGAGUGCCCUUACACUUACUGGGAAAUGUCUUCAGUUUCCUGCACUUGGAGGAUUGUUGUCUCUUCCUGGAGGAGAGGAUUUAGAUUUAUUCUCCUGGGGAACAAACGAUGGACUCAAAGGCUAAAAGCCUAGCGGAAACACAUUUCUACUCAAUACAAAGAAUUUAAAAGGAGCUGCACGCACUGUCUCAGGCGGUGGUGAGCCUAUUUCAAACGGAGGCAGGCUGACUUCCUGAGGAACCAGCCCCUAGGGGCUUGACGCCCUGAUCCCGGGUCGCUGGCCGGGGGCGGAGACGGGGACAGCGAACUGAGUGUGCGAGCGCCAGGGGUUCCAGCUGCACGUCCCAGGCUCUCCGGGGCGCUGCAGGGCGGGACAAGGAGAGCUGCGGGGAGAACGCCUGUGGCUGGGUCCGGAGGUGCGGGUGCGGCGCGGGACAAGCGGGCAGCAUGCUCAGGGCAGUCGGGAGCCUACUGCGCCUCGGCCGCCGGCUAACAGUCGGCUGCGGCCCCGGGGGGCCUCUCGAGGCCACGUGGCAGCCCGCACAGGCUCUUCUGUCCCGGGGUCUCCCCUGCUACUCCAGCGGCGGGGCCCCCAGAAAUUCUGGGCCCCAAAGUCACGGGGAGAUUCACCGAGUUCCCGCGCAGCGCCGGCCUUCGCAGUUCGACAAGAAAAUCCUGCUGUGGACGGGGCGUUUCAAAUCGAUGGAGGAGAUCCCGCCUCGGAUCCCGCCAGAAAUGAUAGUCACUGCAAGAAACAAAGCUCGAGUGAAAGCUUGUUACAUAAUGAUUGGACUCACAAUUAUCGCCUGCUUUGCUGUGAUAGUGUCAACCAAAAGGGCUGUAGAACGACAUGAAUCCUUAACAAGUUGGAACUUGGCAAAGAAAGCUAAGUGGCGUGAAGAAGCUGCACUGGCUGCACAGGCUAAAGCUAAAUGAUAUUAUAAGUAACGAAGUGUUCACCUGAAUACCAUCCCUGUCAUCAGCAACAGUAGAAGAUGGGAAAAAUAGAAUAUUUACCAAAAUAUCUGCCAUGGUUUUAUUUUGGUAACAAGAAGCACAACGUCUUUUUUAUUUUUACUUUUUAGUAAACUUUUACUGAAGUAUACAAUGCAUUCAAAAAGUGGACAAAAGUGUAUACAGUCUGAUAGAUAUUUAUGUCGCGAACACCUGUGUAACAACUGCCAAGGUGAAGAUGUAGAAUAUCGGCAACACCUGAGAGCUUCAUUCCUGCCUUUUCUCAGCCACUACCUCCCAAACAGAGCAGUUUUUCUGACUUUCAUCACCUUUGAUUCAUUUUGCCUGUUUUUGAACUUUAUAUAAAUGGAUUUAUACAUUA